AUCGAGACUUUUGUUUUAUCAUUCCUUCUCGCUGCCCGAAGAAUUACUACAUCGCACACUCAUUGAAGAUGAAGAUCCUUGUUGUUGUUGUUCUUACAUGCCUGGUACUGGCCUUGGCAGUUGAUGGUUAUGGCAUCCAGGAAGAUUUAGAUCGCCUCGAUCAUCAAGAGGAACGAGAACGGACAGUGAAGACUAAAUCACCGUAUGUUGCAACACAUUCAAACAAACUAGCUGCCCAGAUCUGCAAACCGUUCUUCGCGGCAUGCAGGCAGAACGCAGCUGAUAAGGCAGGAGUUAAAAGGUGCUUUGCUCAGUUUCUAAACGGAUGUAUGCAAAAGAUUCGUACACAGCUUGAUGGACUGGAACAGUGUGUUGCUAACGCAGGGAGCGACUUCAGUCAAGUCCAAGAUUGCAUCAGCCCUUCAACCAAAUACUAAUAAAUUAGAAAGGUCGAAAAUAAAUCGGGAAAUAAUCCUGCAGCUUUGAUUUAGUAAUGAUAAUAAACCUAUACUUGUACUAAAACAUUCAACACGUGGUACUUUUCCACUUGCUUUAUUCAAUUGGAAUUUUGUCAAAGGAACAAAUUUGUUCAAUAAACUAUGCAAAAAAUAUAUUUAACCAA